UACUGUAUAAAUAUAUCAAGUACAAGCAAAAUGCCUUCGCAAGAACUUGCGAUGCCGCAGCCGCCGGCCACCGAAAAUGAGGAAAAUAAUGUUCCAUCGUCGCAACCGAUUGUGGGUAUUAUUUAUCCACCACCUGAGGUUAGAAAUAUCGUUGAUAAAACGGCCAGCUUUGUAGCCAGGAAUGGUCCAGAAUUUGAAUCCAGGAUCAGACAGAAUGAAUUAGGUAAUCCAAAAUUUAAUUUCUUAAAUUUUGGUGAUCCUUAUCAUGCUUACUAUCAGCACAAAGUGAAAGAGUUUAAGGAAGGAAAAGGUCAGGAACCUACAGUGGGUACAGUUCCUGGGAAAACAAUCAAUCUUACUGCACAUCAAAAGCAGCAGGAAAUCCUUAAGCAAGUUGAACAACCGUUUGUACCCAAAGAUCCACCGACUGAGUUUGAAUUUAUUGCAGAUCCUCCUUCUAUAUCUGCUUUGGAUUUAGAUAUUGUGAAGCUAACUGCUCAGUUUGUUGCACGUAAUGGGAGACAGUUUUUGACUAAUUUAAUGAAUCGCGAGCAAAGAAAUUUUCAGUUUGAUUUCCUACGACCUCAGCAUUCUUUAUUUCAGUACUUUACUAAACUUUUAGAACAGUACACCAAGGUAUUGAUUCCACCAAAAGAUUUGUUGCCGCGUCUCAAGGAUGAAGCAUUCAAUAUGGAUAAGAUUUUAGAGCAAGUAAAAUAUCGUGCCGAAUAUUUAAAAUAUCAAGAAGCACAGAGACGUAAAGAGGAGGAGGAACUAGAAAGAGAAAGAGUAGCUUAUGCACAAAUUGACUGGCAUGAUUUUGUCGUGGUUGAAACUGUAGACUAUCAACAAUUUGAAGUAGGUAAUUUUCCAGCGCCUACGACACCGGAUGAAGUCGGCGCACGCGUCCUUAUGCAGGAACGUAUAGAAGAUGGUGAGGAUGUGGAGAUGCAAAUCGAUAGUGAUGCAGAUGAGGAAACGCAGACCCGUGUAGAAAACGAGAAAGGCGAUCGUGCAAAAGAUAAUAAUCAAGUACAAGAUAUGGAGGAAGAUUCUAGUGAUGAGGAUGAUGUGUCUCCACCAGGUGAUACUCACAAAUCUAAAGAACCCAAAACGCGAGAAACGAAUAUGCAACCGCCUCCAUUACCACCGACACCAGGAAAUGUGGUAGUUAAAAAGGGAUAUGAUCCGAAACAACAUGCAACUAAAACUACUCGUCCCGCGGCACCGGAUGAAUACCUCAUUUCGCCUAUUACUGGUGAACGUAUUCCUGCUAGUAAAGUGCAAGAACAUAUGCGUAUCGGAUUGUUAGAUCCACGCUGGGUUGAACAGAGAGACAAACAUCUAGAUAAACUGGCACAGGAGACCGUAUUUGCACCAGGCACAGCAAUCGAGGCAAGUCUCAAACAACUCGCCGAGAGACGUACUGAUAUUUUUGGUGUUGGUGACGAAGAAACUGCUAUUGGAAAGAAAAUCGGCGAAGAAGAUAAAAAGAAGGAUGAUAAAGUCACAUGGGACGGUCAUACUUCUAGUGUGGAAGCAGCGACAAGAGCUGCACGAGCUAACAUUACAUUAGAAGAACAGAUUCAUCAAAUUCAUAAGGUCAAGGGUCUUCUGCCUGACGAGGAAAAAGAGAAGAUUGGCCCGAAACCAGUUAAUCGUGCGACUGAACUCUCUCAUAUGGCUGCUGCUGCUUCGAAACCCCAAGCUACAUUGAAAGCACCUCCAAAGCCACCUGCACCGAAGCCUAUACCAGUACCUGCUCAACCUCCUCCACCACCAACAAUGAGUAUGCCUACUAUGGGUAUACCUCAGCCGAUGAUGCCGCAACCACCGAUGAUGAUGAUGGCACCUAUGCCACCCAUGGCGCCCAGACCACCACCUCUAAUGACUCCAGCAAUGUCACCAUUCAUGCCAACGCCACCGCCAAUACAGCCACCGAUGACAUCUACUAUUGGAUUAAAGCAUCCUGUUAGUAAACCACUGGAAGAGGAGCCUGUGGCUAAGAAAUUGAGAACAGAGGAUUCAUUAAUUCCGGAGCAACAAUUCCUUGCUAGAAAUAAGGAUCCCGUACAAAUUAACAUUGCUGUACCUAUGAUAACGGAGAAGGCUGAAUGGAAAUUAAAUGGACAGACAUUGAACAUUACCUUACAAAUAAGCGAUACUGUAGCAACUAUGAAAGCGCUUAUUCACGAGCAAAUUGGUAUGCCACCUGGAAAACAAAAGUUGCAGUAUGAGGGAAUGUUCUUCAAAGAUAACAAUACUCUUGCGUAUUAUAACUUAACUUCAGGUAAUGUUAUUAACCUGCUACCAAAGGAGAGAGGUGGUAGGAAAAAGUAAGAGAGAUUACAUAAAAAGGUGAAUAUAUAAAUUAAGAAUAUAAAAUUAUUAUAAUUAUGACAUAGUGUAUCAAUGCCU